CAUCUGGUGUAUUGAUUGUGGCCAGCCCUAAAGCUAGUUUUUGCCGUUUGGAAUACGUCGCUGUAAUUCAAUUUUAAAGAGGUUUCUCCUGCUACCUUGAAGCUCACUGUGCGUCUUGUUUCCGAAGGAAAAGAGCUGAUUUAGUAAUCUAAAUGGAUGCAAUACUGAAUUACAGGUCGGAAGAUACUGAAGAUUACUACACGUUACUGGGAUGUGAUGAACUAUCUUCGGUUGAACAAAUCCUGGCAGAAUUUAAGAUCAGAGCUCUGGAAUGUCACCCUGACAAGCACCCUGAAAACCCUGAGGCUGUGGAGACUUUUCAGAAACUGCAGAAAGCAAAGGAGAUACUGACCAAUGAAGAAAGUCGAGCCCGCUAUGACCACUGGCGGAGGAGCCAGAUAUCGAUGCCGUUCCAGCAGUGGGAAGCUUUGAGUGAUUCGGUGAAAACGUCAAUGCACUGGGUUGUCAGAAGUAAAAAAGACCUGAUGCUGGAAGAAUGUGACCAAACUCCCACCAACAAGACUGAAAAUGAAGAAUGGAAUGAGCAAAGAGAAAUAAAGAAAGAGGAACUGGCUUCAACCACAGAGGAAAUGAAGCAAAAAGAAUCUGAGCCCCUGGAGAAGUCAGUCUUUCCACAAAAUCCAGAUUCUCCAGGCUUUUCAGAUGUGAACUCUUGGCACCUUCGUUUCCGCUGGUCUGGGGAUGCUCCUUCAGAACUCCUGAGGAAGUUCAGAAACUACGAAAUAUGAAAUGUCCCUGCUCCAUAAAAGAGGAGGAGCAACCCCGUUCCCAGUGCAGUCUUUCUUCACAUGUUAAAAAUGUCAAGUUUAUAUGUCAUGUUUGUGAAUAGCUGACUACCAACGGAUUCCUCCAUCUUGGAUCUGUUCUCAUAGUGUGUUGUUUAAAUGAGAAAAUUUUCAGAAGACUAGUUUCUUCCAAUAUUUGCAUAAAUUAAGGCUUUAGAUCCUGAGUAGAUUUAUUAUAUGUGUUUUCCUGUUAAUGCUAUUUAUAGAAAUCCAUUUAAAAAGUUGAUCUCUGUAUUUAAAUAUGUCAUUGAUAUACCAUGAUCUCUACUAGUGCUGGAUGUACAAAAAGUGUUUUCUGACUCUUGACCUAAAAUGA